CCGAUAAGUUAUCGAGUAAAAUCCGCCGCUUGAUUUGUUGUGGUCCGAUCCUCCUCCAAUUUUUUUUGACCAUUGUUUUUCAUUUACCCAUCAGCUGAGGAGCUUGCUAUACUGCAGACGAUGAGUGGUUAGCCGGUUACACACAGAUUCCAGCUGCAGAAUGCUCCUGCGGCUGCCCAUUUUGGCGGCGCGCUUUUUGCAUAACGGAAGACUGCGCCUUCUGUUCGGCAUCCUCAUCCUGAUACUCAUUGGCGGGCUAUGCUACGUCUACACCUGGGAAAAUGAAUAUUAUCCGUGCUUCAUGGAAGGCAAAGGAAUGGCGACUCAGCAGGCCACAGUCGAGGAUGCGGAUUCGAGUAUCCUAGAGGACGUUCUGCAGGCGGAACCGAAGCCGACGCCCGGAAGGAGCAUCUUCUUUCACGAGACUAGCUGCAACCUUUCCGCGAAUAAGCGGCUUGAGAAGCUCAAGGUCACCGCCCGGCAGGCCUGCGCAAUUGAGUCCGCGGCGUUGCAUAAUCCGAAUUUCCAAGUGUUCGUCCUGUUCGCCGGCCCCACCUAUCGAAUCUCCGCUGGCGUACACAACAACAGCCAUCCCCAAACCUUGGUGGAGGCCAUUCUCAGCUACAGCAAUGUGCAUCUGCGACGACUGAAUCUCGAGAGCUACGCUGCUGGCACGCCAAUGGAGGAGUGGCUCAAAGACGGCCGCUUGUCACGCUCAAAGUAUUUGUUCUCACACAUUUCGGAUUUCCUGCGCUAUCUCACCCUCUAUCGCUACGGCGGACUUUAUCUUGACAUGGAUGUGGUUGUGCUGCGUAACAUGGAGAAGGUGCCGCCCAAUUACACGGGUGCUGAGUCCAACACCCACUUGGCCGCUGGCGUUAUGAGCCUGGCAGCCACUGGAUUUGGGCAUGAGAUUGCCGCGUCGUGUCUGCGCGACUUCCAGCACAACUUUGACGGCCGAGACUGGGGUAACAAUGGACCAGGGGUGAUAACUCGUGUGGCCCAGAAGAUAUGUAGCACCAAGGACAUUGCCCUGAUGCAAGAGGAUCCGAAACGCUGUAUGGGAUUCAAGGUAUUCGGGCGGGGAGCCUUUUACGCAGUGCCAUGGAAAAAGUGGCGCGACUUCUUUGAGCCGGAAAAGUUAGAGGAGACUAUGGCACGGUGCAAGGAUUCGUAUGUGGUGCAUGUGUGGAACAAGCACUCCAGCGCGCUGCCAAUCAAACAAGGCUCUAAAAGCGCCUACGCCAAAUAUGCCGAGCAAAACUGCCCGCGGUCUUAUAAAGCUGCGGGCGAAUAUUUCUAGUAUUAAUCUUGUCAAGGGUUAUCAAAUUUAUGUGUAUUUUGUACAUGAAUGUCCACCGCUGCAAACCAAAGAGUAGUACCCCAUGAAAGGGCACCUUUAUUAGGUGGCAUUGAUUUCUGUUUGCUUAUUAGCAGUCCGCAUUCCAAGCGAUAACAGCUUACUCUGACGCACACAUCCUCAAACAAGCUCAAGUUGAACAAAAAAUGCGGAAGCACACACUUCGCUUAUUUUUGCAUUUCGUCCGAUUGCACAAUAUAUAUAUUUCUUAGAAAAACUGAUUUGCAAUCUCAUCACAAAAAAAAA